CAGCGCAUUCUUCACUAAACCGGAAUAACAUAGAGCUGACAGGACGAACCACAACCACAGAGACAGUAACAGACAGGGGGUUUACUGCCACUCUACCCUUCAAUUAGUCCCGAAAAACUCGACGUCUCUCGGUUUCUCUACGGAGUCGUGUUUGCGGUCUAAUCGGAGACUUUAAGAGGGGCGGAAGGCUAGAGUACCAGGCAUCCGGUUAGACGCGCUGGCUUUCCGGGCUGGAGUCCAACUUGAGUCGGACACUUUCAGAUAUCCACGUCGUGAUGCGCACUGGACUUUUUUUUAACAAAAAUAACCGCUUUUUUUAAGACUGUGUGUUACAUACGAAAAGCUGGUAACUCUUAGACUUGAGCAGGAUUGUUUUUUGUUAAUAAUUGUUAAAUAUAAGUAAGCUGGAACAGUAAUUUAGACUCCGAUGUGAUUUAUCUACUCAGCUGGCUGGGCAGAUUGUUUGUUUACGGAUCACAUCCGUCAACUAAAAGUUAGGUUGCAUAAUUUGAAAAGCAGUUUCGUUUUGUUACCAGUGUAAUUACAUUUUUGAGUCUAGCCAGCUUUUAUGCGAUCAGAAUGGUUUUGUUUUGCCAAGUCUGAUAGGUUUUGGUUUGUACGCAUAUGCAUAUACUUGCUAGCAAACUUGCCUGAGUUUUGGACAGGUUAGAUCUUAGUGCUAGUAGUUUUAUAAAAGGAGGAAACCCCGCAGAACGUAUUUGUUCAUCUGAUCUCAAGCCAGUCUGCUGUGGCUUCCUAUAUCUGGCUAGUUUUCUAUUGAUAGGUCUGUAUUGGCGAGGCUCAAGCUGGCUGACAGGUGAUAUUUUCUUUCUGAAUCCUCUGAGCUGACUGAUAGCUAUGACAUUUUCCAACAGUUGGUUUGUGUCUUCAGACUUCAAUUUUUUCAGUUCCUACACUUGGUGCCAAUGCUGUAUCAGUAAUAUUAGCUAACAUAAGCUCAGCUUACACCAAAAAAUAGAUACAGUAUAUCAGUUGAGACUGCAUUUUUACUAGUUAGGGAAUUUUUUCUUUCUUUUUUUUCUACAAGUAUAUGAAUUAGUGCCAAUUGACUUGGUAGCUGGUUCAAAACUUAUGAAACUCUGAGAGAUAAGUCAUAUAACAGUUUGUAUCAAGUAAGUUCAUUAACCCAAUUAAGUUUAUUUUUUGUCAAAUCAUUAGCUCAUAUACUAGUUCCUGGAAAUACACACAUUGGCUGCAAGACCAGGUCAAGUUUAGUGGCAAUUAGCAAUUUUUUUUCUUGCAACUGACUAAAGAUGUCAGGACAGUCUAUCACGGAUCGCAUAGCGGCGGCCCAGCACAGCGUGACUGGAUCAGCCAUCAGCAAAGCCAUCUGCAAGGCCACAACGCAUGAAGUCAGUGGACCCAAAAAGAAACACCUUGAUUAUUUGAUCCACUGCACUAAUGAGAUGAAUGUGAAUGUGCCCCAGCUGGCAGACACUCUGUUUGAGAGAACCACCAACAGCAGUUGGGUCGUGGUCUUCAAAGCUCUCAUCACAACACACCAUCUAAUGAUGUACGGAAAUGAGCGUUUCAUUCAGUAUCUGGCUUCAAGAAACACUCUCUUCAAUUUAAACAAUUUCCUUGAUAAAGGUGCAUUGCAAGGCUAUGAUAUGUCCACAUUCAUCAGACGGUACAGCAGAUAUCUGAAUGAGAAAGCCCUUUCCUAUAGAUUAGUGGCCGUGGACUUCACCAAGAUGAAGAGAGGUAUUGAUGGUGUCAUGCGCACCAUGAACACAGAGAAGCUAAUCAAAACGCUGCCUAUCAUUCAAAACCAGCUGGAUGCACUGCUGGACUUCCAGGCCAAUCCAAACGAGCUGACUAACGGUGUGAUCAACACUGCCUUCAUGCUGCUCUUCAAAGACUCUAUCCGUCUGUUUGCUGCCUAUAAUGAGGGCGUUAUCAACCUGCUCGAAAAAUAUUUUGAUAUGAAGAAAAACCAGUGUAAAGACGCUUUGGACAUCUACAAGAAAUUUCUGUGCCGGAUGACCAAGCUGUCAGAGUUUCUCAAAGUGGCUGAGCAAGUUGGGAUUGAUCAGGGUGACAUCCCAGAUCUCACUCAGGCUCCCAGCAGUCUCCUAGAGGCUCUUGAGCAGCACCUGGCCUCUCUGGAGGGAAAGAAGACCAAGGAGCUCUCUGCUGACAGCAGAGCUAAUACUCUGUCCAAUGCUGUGUCAUCCUUGUCCAACACUGGGAUGUCCUUCAGCAGGAUGGACGAGAAGGAGAAACAACAGGCCCUAGAGGAGGAGCAAGCUCGUCUGCAGGCGCUCAAGGACCAGCGUCUGAAGGAGAUUGGCAUACAUACCCCCUCUGCUUCGCCCAGCACACAGUCUAUGGGCAGUGCCAACAACCAUACCUUGGGCAUGGACCUAUUCACCAACACCACAAGCUUACCCUCCAAUAACAGCAUGCCAAACCUUACCAGUGACCUGUUUGACCUCCAGCCUGCUUUCAUCCCUGCUGUGCAGAGCACUCCUAUCUCUACCACUGGCAGUGCCUGGGGAGGUCUAGAGAGCAGCACUCUUCACCCCAUGGCUUCCAUGACCACCAUGAAUGUAGAUUUUGAUGCUGUUUUUGGGACUAAAGCUUCCAAUAGUGACGAGAAGCCUUCAGCUGGUUAUGAUGCAGCAGGAGACUUGUUGAAGCCCACGAUGACAGUUCACAGUCAGGCUCCUAUAAUGCCCCCUCAUACAGGCAGUAAACUGCUGGCUAAUGACCUCGACUCCUCUUUGGCCAACCUCGUAGGCAACCUGCAGUUUGGGGGAACACUGGGCAGAAAGUCUGAUAUGCAUUGGACUCAACCUGGAGAGAAGAAGUUAACCGGUGGCACCAACUGGCAGUCAAAGACCAUGAGCAGCACCACUGCCUGGAACCCCAACCCCCUGCCACCUGCUGCCAUGCCACCUGCCGCCAUGCCCGUGCCCCACAUGACUGGAAUGUUCUAUACUGGUUAUCAGGCUCCCGCUCCCAUGGCAUUUCCCAUAACACCUCAAGUGCCUGUGUAUGGAAUGGUCCCUCCUCAGCUGGGACAGAUGGGAGGCAUCCCAGUGAUGACCCAGCAGCCCAUGCUGUACAACCAGCCUGUUCUCAGACCCACUAACCCCUUCACCUCCAUCCCCGGAGCCCAGAUGCAGUUCAUGUAGUACUUCAGCAGAUUGCCAAACAAGACGGCUCAAAGGAACACAGUGAGAAGAGGAUCCAACUAUCACCAAAUAAAAGGGAGAGAGAGACAGAGGGCAUAUGAAUAGGAAUGUGUUUUUGUCAAGAAUGCUUACCUCAUUGUCUGAAAUGGCUCACCCAACACACACUUAUUACGUACACCAAACGAGUGUUUCAUUUUUCCUCUCUGGAGGUUCAUUUCUUUCCUGGGGCACUGUAUCUACUGACAGGUGAUUUAUCAUAGGAAUUGUAUUAAUACAUUUUAUUGCUUGUAUUAAAUUACCAUUCACAAAGAACUUUUUCUUGACAAUUAGUAUGAAUUAGAUAUGAAGCUCAGCACAGUUGACUUCGAUUUACCAUCACAUUUUACUCUGUUUUCUAAGAUACCUGUGCUGUUUUAAUUACAAAGAUGGGUAUUUCAACAUAGAAAACGCCCUUAACCUGCACAGGCCAAAACGGUAUGUGUAGAUUUUUAGAUCAUACAUGUCACAUAUGUUUAAAUGGCUCAUUUAUGCAAUGCCCAGUACAAGGAAAGAAUUUGUGAUACCUUAAAUAAGGUGCUCCGCAUCCCUAAGCAAUUUACACAUGCAUUUUGGGUAAAAUAGAAAAAAUAUUGAGCUGGUCUCUGAUAUCUAGAACAUUAUUAGUAAAAAGUUACAUCUCGCUGUUACUGAUGGCUUCUGUUGUAAAUGGUCAGUCAAUUAUUUUGUUUAUAUUGGGUUGGGAGUUGCUGUUUCAGACAUGGUGGUCUUGCGCGCACACACACACACACACACACACACACACUUUAGCGUAGCUUCAGACUGGAUGUGCUACGGACAUGAAGAGCCCCCCCCUCACUUGUCUCCCAUGUUCUGUCACUCCCAGGACACUGAUAAACAUAUCUGCUCCUGUUCUGCUGUGUGUUAAUCAAACAUGUCAUGUAUUUAAAACUACAAUUCUCACUCUGAGGUCACUCCUACCUCUACCACCCAGAGAGGCUGGGAGAGAGUGAAAGAAGCAUUGGAGGAGGGUACAGGGCAGGGGUCGGCAACCUUUUUUCACAUGAAGUGCCAAUUUUAAUUUUCCUUGUUAAUCACUGUGCCAAACACCCCCCAUGUAUGCAUAUAUCUGGACUAAAUGUAUAACAUAACGUGUGUUUCAAAAGUCCAAGUCCAAUUGUGAAAAAUUUGUUAUUCUAUUUUUAUUAUAAAUUAUAUUGUCGGCAUAACAGUUCGAGUGAAACGUUUAAUUGUACACUUCACAUAAAUUCCAGAGUUUCUUAAUUUGACACGUCCUCCAUCAGCUUUAUGACUUGCACUUGCAUAUAAUUAGAGUUUACAUGAAUGAAACCUGAUGAUCAUGUUAGAGUAUUCCAACAAUCAUUUGUGUGUCCUAUGGAAGAAAGAAAACAUCAUGUGUCGCAAAAAGGAACUAAUAGAACAAGAAAAUGGCUGUCAUCUGUUCUAAGCGAAACAAAGCAGAUAUGUUUACUUUCAUGACUCAACGAAAAUUACUGGAAUUAUGACAAAAGAUUACAACAAGCAGUAGAAGGCGAGGGACUUCAUAUAAAUAAAAUGCAUACUUUUCUCUUUUGCUGUUGAUCGGCACACAUGCCCUUGGUUGCCGACCCCUGAUACAGGGCAUCUGACCCUAUUGAAUAAACAAUUUCGAUAUUAGGGUGUGUUUAUUUGUUUUAAGCAUAUUUUUUCUGUAAGCAUGUUACUUUUAAAAUGUCUAGAUUGGUAUGAUAAUCAUGGGCUGUUUUACAUUGCCAAAAUAUGUAGCCUGCAUAAAUGAUUGAAUUGUUGAAAUGCCACAAGCUAGCCACUGAAAUCACAGUACAGCAUUUAGUUGUUUUUUUUUUUCUCAGAGGAAUGCACUUAUCUUUGUUUAAUGACAUUUGAUCCAAAAUCAAUAGUUUAAAAUUAGUUUUGUGCAGCUCCUUAAUGUGGAGUGCCGUAAACAGGGUGUCUUUAUUUUGCUUCUGCAGCCAAAGCAUUUUCUGUCCUCCUGAAAUCCCUUUUACCCUUUAUAAAGCAGGUGUGCACUCCAGCCUUCACAUCAUCUCGUAAUACCCAGUACUUCCAUAAAGUGUUAAGUGAUAUUGAUUAGGAUUUUUUAUGCAUGGAUUGAACAGAAGUGUGGCCGCUGGUUGUGUGGCGUUACAUGUGGUUUAUUUUGCAUCUUCAAAAAGUCUUUCUUUUAUUCAUCCAUUUCCCUCUGGCCAAGGAGAGAAGAGUCUGUAUGCCAAAUGAAGAAGCCCCCUGUAGCACCGUUGUCUGUUUAUCCAUUUAUAAAAUGCACUAUUCAAUACUUAUCUCAUCAAUCAUGUGUGAGAGCAGUUUGAAAGAAUGUUUUGGGUUCAAUACAAGUUAAAGGUGCUGUAAGCAAUUUUAUUUUUUUUAUGGAAUGGUAUGCAGAAAAUAUUUCUUAUCCUUAAAGGUUAUCACUGAAAUAAGUGUCCUGGGAUAUCUCACCGGUCUGUGUGAGAGCAAUAGACUGUUUAAACUGCAAAAAAAUUUGGCUGUGGACAUGUUCUUUGAUCAGCCAAUCAGAAAGCUUUGUAAACGUGCUUUCUGCCUGUCAGUCAUUUUGCACAUUCCCAUAGUGUUCUAGUUGAAGUGGAACAUUAAGGUUGAAUUUCAGAUUCGUAAAAGUUGUCAGCUGAGGAUGCUAUUUUGCUGCUGUUGUGUUUGACAACACUUAGAAGACGCACUGAUCUACCGUUCAGUCUCAACACUGUCUUUGGAGGGCGGUGUUUUGAAAGGGGUUGUGUUCAAUUCAAUGGCUCAGUCUCGUUGAUGUUCCAAAUGGCUAAAAUAGCUUACAGCUACUUUUAGCUCAGUCAACAACAUUUGUUUCAUAAUGUUGAUUUACCACAAAAAUUAUUUAAGCCCACCCCUCAUUUAUUUGAAAAAAGAAAUAACUGCCUUUAGCUUUGUUAAUGGUGUGCAUUAAUUGUGGCAUUGUUUCGACAACCUUAUGCAACAUCACAUUUAUUUCUGUCCAGAGUUUUAAUAAUGCUUUGGACAGCUCUUACCCCAAUUCCAGUGAUUUCAGCAAUCUUCUUGGUUGUAUUCUUUGCUUGAUGCAGGACAAGUUGCCACUUUUGAAAUACAGUAACAUAUUUUCCAGGACAUGGGAUAUGUCUUCCGACAUGGUUGUUUAAGAAAUGAGAAGCUACACACUGCAUCAGUUGGGGUUAAAAUUAUUGUUGCCAGCUGAAACAUAUUAAUCACUGCAAUAAAGAUACAAUAAGAGGCUCAUUUAAAUCCAAAUGGCAACUUUUAUGGCAGUGUACAUGUUAACAUGAUUUUACUGUGAAAAUAAAUCACUUGCACACCUUAUCUGUAUAAAGUUAUAGAAUUACAAGUUUUUGUUGUUAUUACCACAAAUUUGAAUUUUAAAUAUUGGAUAAAAUUUACAUAGAAAAUGUUAGCAGCUUUAUCACAAAAUAAAUGUUAACACAUGUUAACACAUGUUAACUUGUGGCUACAAUUUUGAGGCAAAGUUUAUUUUAUCAUUUAUAUUCUGGCCCCAUUCACUUCCAUUGUAACUAAUGUAUUAUUAUUAGUUUUAAACUAACGAGGGGCAAGUUAAAAAAAUUUUGUUGUUGUAAUUAACAUUGUCACAAAUGCUUUUGGUUGAUCUUAACUUACAUUGAACCCAGAAAAUUCCUUUAAAAACUAGAAAAGACAUUUAAAUGGACAGAAUGAAUGUGACAGAGUGACCUCCUGCCCGCUCUUUAUCAGAAACUGUGUUUAUUUCUCUCUCUUUCUCUGUGGUUGAUUAGUUAUUGAGCGACAUUUAACAAGCUUUUACAUUUAUUCUACGUUUAGCGCCAUCAGGGGUCCAAGAGACUCCGAAUUGAAUAAGUUGUUUUUAUGCAGGCUUAGUGUUGAUGUACUCCUUGGGUUUACAAGGUAAAAGGGCGCUGGAGAGAGAGAGAUGUUUGUUAAUUAGGAUCUGUUCUAUUAUCACUGGAGGGCUCGCUUGUGUGCAUGAGCACGAGAAAGUAAAAGUCUUAUUGUGUGCAUCAGUGAGAGUGAAAGAUCUUGAGACAUGCAAGGGUGCUAUCAUGAGCCUUGGUAUCCAUGGUAAUCUUCUGUUUCAAUUCUUUGUGGCACAGGUUGAUAAGCACAGCUUUUUUUUGGUUUCUUUUUGAAGCAUUAUUAAAACCUUCCCUUAGUGUAGACUGUCUAUUAAGAUGUAUUUUAAGCGCGGUUUCUUUGGCAACCACAGAGAUGUAUCGAUUCUUGGAUAACCUGUAGUCUUGUUGACUUGUUUAAUUGGCAAUGGGUCUUUUAACCAAUGGUCACUUAAGCCUUUUUUCUCGGUUUUACUCUGCUGUAAGGAAUACGCUGUCAACUGCUCCAUCUUGUGGUCUUUGUUUGCUUAACAAUUGAAUGUGUGUCCCUUUAUGUAGACAGUUGUUGGGAUCUGACCCAAGUCUUUGUUUGACUGGCGUUUAUGGGGCCGUUGUGCACACAAAGCAAAUUACUAACUUUAUCAGACUGUUUUAGAGCAGUCAGCCAUGCUGAAGAAGAGCUAACAUACUUCUAGACUGUUUACCCUGACUUUAAACGUCUAGGCUCUACCCAUUUACUGGCCUGGAAUUCUCCCCUCUGCAUUGGCUUUUCAGAAUGGUUGUGUCAGUAUGUACAGCCAUCCUGGACCUCUAGUGGAGAAGGGAUGCUUGGUGUAAUAAGUUGGUGUUCAGGGUCCUUUUCAUCUUCACGCUGACUUGGGUAGCCGUCUGGCUUCUCUGACAAGAUAUGCAUGCUUUUGUUGGCUAUUUGUCUGCUCCGUCAUGUGUUCCGUGGGUGUUGCUGCACAUAAUUCAUAUUUUUGUCCUUUUAUUUUUCUGUACCAGCAUUUUAAUUUUAAAAUCUGUAUUCAAUACAAGCAUAUUCAUCCCCAAGGGAGGAAGGCUGCAUUUUUUUUUUUCAUUAGUCACCAAAUGCCAAAAUAAACAGCAAACUCUGUUUAUGCUGAUUUCCCCACUGUACAAUUGUUUUAUUUAUUUAUGCAGACCAUAAGAAUUCUAUUCAGCUUUGGUGAAAAUGCAUAAAUAAUGGGAUUGUUUCAUUGUGUCUUCAUUUUUGUCUUGCUUUCAUUGACAUAAAUAAAGUAAUUUUUCAUUCCUAAGUUGUUAUGUGAAUUUAGUUUUAUUGUCUGCCAUAUGUGACAUCUGAUUCAUCUCACCUGUUUGACCCCAGAGUAAAUCACAAGCAAGAAGGUCGUCGUUUUAUAUGGUUGUUCAUUUUGGCUGUUUGGAUGGCUUGUUCUUUGUUUACUUCUCUUGCCUCUUGAAAUUGCACUUCAUGCCUUCUCAUGGCCCAUUAUGCAGGUUUUUUUUUUUUUUUUUAAUGAAUGCACGUUUUAAAUACCUGGUCAAAUUUGUGCAGUGCUGUGUUGUAUUUCCAUGUCUUUCAGUGGGAGUUGAAUCUAUUGCACGGGUUCACUGCAACAGGAAUCUACCUGAUUAUUACUUCGUAGCAUUUUUUGAGAUGGACUCAACCAGGAACAAUCAACCAAUGUUUGUGUAUCAUCUGUUAUUAGACCUUGUGUAAUUAAAACAAACAGGAACUGUAGCUAGUUGUAAUGUACGGAAAGUGACACUGUGCGAAAAUAAGUUGCACUUCGUGGGCCUUUUUCCCCACUUUGUAGCAAGUCGCACCAAGCCAAACUGUUAUUUGGCUGUGCCUUCCAUACAUGAUGAAAUUAUCCUCAUGGUCUCUAGAGACCUGUAUGGUCACAUAAAUAUAACACUUUUAACACACACAAAAGAAAAUAUGUGGCCAGACUGAUUUCAACCUGAUUUCAUUAGUUACCAAGUAACUAAAUCCAAUGUACAGAUUAUUUAUCCCUUGGCUCUGCACACUUCUGAAGGACACUGUGUGACGUGAAGUAUAUUCUUCACACUAUCUCUUGUUUAAGCUUAGCCAUGGAGCAGGCACAUCCUUGCUUUCCUAUCAAAUAUUUAAUGUUGGGGAAAAGGUAUCAGAUGUGAUUGCUGUGGCACUCGUGCAUUAUCUCUCUAAAGUCUUGAUGGUGAAAACAUGUAAUCUGUAACUAAAUCCAUUCAUCUUUCAUGUUAAACUGCCUUUGUUUUUUCCCUGUGCACUUCUUGAAACCUGCAGCACUGGUUGAAGUUAAUGAUCUUAUGAUGCCAGUCUCUCCUGAACUCUCUUUUGUAAGCUUGCAAUGAGAUGUUCAACCCAGGACCAAGAAAUGUCAUGGAUUGAACGCUGUUUUUCUUGCAUGUUUUUGUAUCUGACAUGCCUGGGAAAGUUUCACAGUUCCAUGUAACGUUCUAUUAAAUAUGGUGCUGUUUUUGUAGUAGUUGUCGUAAUGAUGGACAGGUUCAGUGUAUUUGUUAUUUUUAUGGUUCAUCAGUGGUUGGUUGUGCUGAUCUGGUAUGUUAAAUUCUUUCUAUCUUUUCUGCUUGAGUCUGUUUUUUUUUUUUCGUUGUGUCUCAGUCUCUGUUAUGUUGGAUGUAUCUAAGAAAAUGUAUGGGUGCAAGCCUCUAACCUGAGUGAAUGCCUUGUGAAUAAAUGGAUUUAACGCUCGCAUUCACUAGUUUCUUAAUA